AUGCGGAAAAUUCCUGCAUGCAUCCGUGCUUUUCUUCCAGGCUCUACUCUCUCCGCGUUUCAGCUGGACUAUGAGAAAGUCUGCCUGAGUUUGCGUGCACCUAUAUUCAAGCCAGAGCAGGAAAUGGACACUCUCGUUGAGAAGGCGCACUCCAAAGGGAUUCUGUGCAGCCCAGUGAUAGACGCAGGAAGAACCCAAGUCGAGCCAAACACGCACACAGUCACUUUCAUAUGCCCGUGGUACGAGGACGAGCUAAACGAAAUAACUGGGCAUCUAAGACUGCUAUAG